UAUUAUGGAGUGUUUUGGUAUAUGAGCUGUUAUACCUCACUUGUGUGUGUGUGUGUGUGUGUGUGUGUGCACGCGUGCGCGCGCUUGGGUGUCUGUUCUACACUUAAAUAUAUAGUCCCUCACAAAUGGAGACGUCGCUCAUGAUUUUACAAUGUCAUGUUUGUCAUUUUCACUAUAAGUAGUGUGUGUGUGUGUAUGUGUGUGUGUGUGUGUGUGUUUUCACUCAUUGUUCCUCAACGCUAUCUAGUCCAAAUGUACUCCUUUUUAGUUCCUGUGCUCUUUGCGGUUAAAUCCUAGGCAUGUGUGUGAAGGUUUUCAUUCAUCCAGGUCAUCAGAGAAUGUCAGAGUUGAUUCAUAGACAACUGCAAAAUGAAAUCAUGUUUUUAUGAAUUCACUCCGCCUGAUGUUUUAGGGAUGCUCUUGUGUUAAUUUGUGUGUCCAAAGGAUGUGUUUAUCUGUUGCCUUGUCUGAAAUAAUACAAAUAACACAAACAAUUGCCUAACGGCCACCAGCUGCUGUGUUAGUGAUUCCGGUAUUAUGUGGUAUCGCUUUGUAUUAUUCAGUACAUGUAUUAUAUUUAUAUACAAGUUAUAUAUGUAAGCUGCUAGUUGUCAGUCAUGUAUGCAACUAAUCUGGUGCAAGUUUGUCAGAUUUCCUGCUCUAAUAUCUGCCAGAUGCGUACACAUGCACUCACCUGCUCAGUUCAGAAGGUCAUGUUGGCCUUCAUAUGGGAUAUGCAUCAUGCAGUUGAUGCUGCUUCAAUGAAAGUCUUGUUACUAAAUAUAAUAAAUUUUAACUGUACUCAAGCUUAAACUUGUCAUGUUUUAAUGUAUGUCCAUUGUUAUUUCCAUUAAAUAAUUAUAUUUUCCCAUGACAUCCACACUUAAACUGCUCUGUCUGAAUGCAAGGUGUUGUCACAAGUGUUAAGUAACUAUAAUUGUUUAAAAGUCUAAAGCUUUCCAGAAAGGCUAUUUUAAAAUGCUGGCAUGAUUUAUUAACGUGGCCUCACUGAACUCAUUUCGAUCUUGUUUCCUUCAGUCCGUCACUUUGUCAGUGGCUCUUCACACCUGUGGCACUUUUUGUUUUUUCCCCACGAUACUACAGACGAAUUACGCACGAAGCGUGCAUUAAAAAAAAAGCCAUACUAUUUUCAACAAUUUAUAUUUUAUUUAGAUGAUGGCACUUCUGCUAGAUCAGCAGUUUUCGCCGCUGCCUGACACCAACGAGAUCGCCACGAAAACAUUUCUGGAGUCAGUUUCUCAUCUGCCACCUUUUUUCGAUUGCCUUGGUUCCAAGGUUUUUGCACCGAUUAAGGCUGACAUAAAUGGAAACAUCACAAAAAUUAAAGCCGUCUAUGACUCCGAUCCAGUGAAGUAUGAGACUCUUCAACAGAUUCUGUUAAUCGAGAAAAGCACCUAUGGCUCAGAGUGGCCUAAAGUUGGAGCCACACUGGCGCUUAUGUGGUUAAAGAGAGGCCUGCGGUUCAUUCAGAUAUUACUGCAAAGUCUAGCGGAUGGGGAAAGAGAUGAGCAAAAUCCCAAUCAUAUUCGCAUCAAUAUCACUAAAGCCUAUGACCAAGCCCUCAAGAGUUACCACAGCUGGAUAGUCCAGAAGGUUUUCAAGGCUGCAUUAUUCGCUGCACCAUGCCGGUCAGAUUUUCUUAAAGCUUUAUCCAAGGAUCAAGAAGUUGCAGAGGAGGAUUGCUUAAGUAAAAUUCGUCAGUUCUUGAUAAACUUCACUGCAACUGUAGAUGCCAUUUAUGAAAUGUAUUCCAUAAUGAAUGCUGAACUGGACUAUUUAGUUUGAAACAUCCUACAAAAGGUCAGUUUCUGAAGCUAUCUUUAAAGCUGUGUGGUUUUCAUACACCAUAUGACAUGUUUAUGAGGGCCUUUUAAAACUGUGAGGUCACAGACUCUGUGAUGACUAAGAACUUUUGUCCUUGUUGUUGUAUGACAGUGGUUGUUUAAGCUUGUAUGAAUGUAGCAUUAAUUUUCUAGUGUUUAGUGUGGAUGAGGAUGUUUUAUCAUCAUUAUUCAACAAAAAUAGCUGCUUCUAUUAUUCAAAUAAGAAAUGAUAAGGCUUAUGUUUUGCUUAAAGGGGUCAUCGGAUGCAAAAUUCACUUUUCAAGUUAUUUGAACACAAAUGUGUGUUGGAAGUGUGUGUACACAUCCAUCCUAUAAUGAUAAAAAUCCACCCAGUGUUUUUUAAAAUCUUUAUUUUAAAAUCCCCUUUCUCAAAUCAGGCUGUUCUGAGAUUCCUGUCAGAAUGACGUACCCGCCCUGAGUGAGCUGAGAGAAUUGAGUGAGCUGUAAACAGUCCGACCGCCAUAGAGUGGGGAACUAUGACGUCACUUUGUAGGCGAAUCGGCUGUUGGCAUGAAACUGGUUCCCUCGACAAAAUAGGAUUUUUCCAUAUUGGAUUAUCGCAAAAAUAAGCUCUGUGUUCAAUCAUAGUUCAUGAAAU